AUGUCGUCUAGAAACUCUGCACCCGAGUGGCCUGCCAUCGCAGAGGAUCACCCCAUCAACCAACUUCUCAAGGCGCUUCCGUCUCUUAUCACCGCUGCCAACGGCUACAACGAGGUGUAUGGCGUGACGCUGGACCCUAGCGGCCCGUUCACUACCAAGCUCAUUUUACAGAAGUUCCUCCGUGCCAAUGCCAACGACGUCGAGAAGGCCAAAACGCAGCUGGGAGAGACGCUCGAGUGGCGAAGUAGCUUUAGGCCUCUGCAAACGCUGGACGAGAAGUUCUCCAAGGACAUCUUUGGCGGUUUGGGCUAUGUGAUUGAGAUCGAGGGUGUGCCAGGCAGCGAAAACAAGGAGGACGUCGUAACGUUCAAUAUCUACGGAGCGGUGAAGAACAACAAGGCCACUUUCGGCAACCUUGACCAGUUCCUGCGCUGGCGUGUGGCGCUCAUGGAGAAGGGUAUCCAGAAACUCAAGCUGAAUGAAGCCACUGUUCCCAUCCCCGACUACGGCGAGGGCCACGAUCCGUACCAGGGCAUCCAAGUUCACGACUACCUCAACAUCUCAUUCCUGCGUCAAGACCCGGACGUUAAGGUUGCGUCGCGGAAGACCAUUGACGUCUUCUCCAAGGUGUACCCAGAGAUGUUGAGCCGCAAGUUCUUCGUCAACGUGCCCGUGGUCAUGGGCUGGAUGUUCACGGCAUUCAAGCUCUUCCUGUCAGCUGAAACGAUUCGCAAGUUCACGGUGCUGAGCUAUGGCGAGGAACUUCACACAGAGCUGGGUGACGACAUUCCAGAGGUCUACGGUGGCAAGUCGGCUCCGCUCGAUACCAUCGGCGAGCAAACGCUGUAUGCGGAGCCAAGCUAA